GUGUUUUUAAGUUGUUCGAGGAAUUUUUAAAGAAACUUUAAAGUAUAUUUACAGAUUGUUAACACACUAUAGCUAACUUGCUAAUGUAAAGUACACAGAUAACUAAUUAAGUAUCAGAGAUCGUUAUUUAAACGUAUACAUUUAUUGUGUGUUUCUAUUCAGCUCUCUAUAUUUUUUUAAUAAGUCAAUAUCUGAUAUUUUAAUAUUUUAAUAUCGCAUAAUAUCUGACUUGUCAUUGUUAAUGUCUUGUUUGGAAACUCAGCACCUGGAUACGAAGUCAUAUGUUUUUGAGAGUGAGCCUGAUGAAAACAUGAUGAGGAGAAGAAGAAAAACCAAUCCAAUAGAAGAGGCUAUACAGUUCUCCCUGAACAAUAAAGAUAAAAAUGGAUUCGAGAUCAGAUUUAUUAAUGACUUUAAAGGGAGAGGUGUAUUCAGUUGUACUGAGUUUGAGAAGGGAGAUUUUCUGAUGGAAUACAGAGGAGAUCUCAUAAGCAAAGAAGAAUGUGAGCGGAGGCAAAAAAUAUAUCAUAAUGCCCUCAAAGUAUUCAUGUUUGAAUUUCGCUUCAAUGGAAAAUUUCUUUGUGUUGAUGCAGCUCGAGAUGAUGGCUCCCUUGGGAGACUUGUGAACGAUGACCAUAUUAACCCGAACUGCAGGAUGAAGACUAUCCAUGUGGAUGGGAAACCUCAUCUCUGUUUAUUUGCCAUAAGAAGCAUUUGUCCGGGUGAAGAGGUCACAUACAAUUAUGGCGAUUCAGAGUGGCCAUGGCGAUGCAAGAUGACAGUAAAGAAGCAGUUGAAACAACAACCACAAGACACUGCCACUAAAAAUGUAUCCAGAGAGAUGGGGCAGGUGCUAUUAGACAGUGCUGACUGUGAUGGUCGUACAGUGGCUCUUGAUCAGACUUAUAGUGAAGCUCAACACACUAUGGAUGCAUUGAACACAUUAUCCCAGUCAGAAGUCAGAGAUGAAAUCGAUGAAUCAAUGGAUUUGACUGUUUGUACUCCUGCUAAAGAACUGGAAAAGGUUACCCUUGAGAAGAGCCAGUUGGCGUUAGGGAAUCAAGAUUGUGUUGAGAAGAAUGGUGGUGAGAAGAAUUCUCAAUUGUCCCCAGUGCAAUUGUUAAAUGAGGACCAGAGUUUUCGUGCACCUACCGAAGGACUCAAGCAGGUCUGUAGACAUGAUGUGACCUCUACAACAAUAUCGAGCAUGGACAAGUGUGCAGCAUGUGUGGGACCUGUUGUGGCAUUUAAGUGGAUUGGACUGAGAUGUAAAUUGUGCUCCAGCUUUUGGCACAAGUCCUGCUACUUCAAAUUGUAUGACAAACAGUCAUCAAUGGAUACAAGUUCAGAAGAAGAGCUGUCAGAUGAGGAAUACAUACCACAGUCAGAGAGUCAGUCAGACAGUUCAGAAGAUCUGACAACAAGAACAGAAACUCAGGAUCAAGCUAAUCACCCCUCACUAUUAAAGAAGGUUGUCCCCUCACAAUUUAGUUUACCUGUACCCCCCCUGGAUUCAUAUCAAGGCAAAGGAAAACAAAUCUCAAUGGCAAGGGAAGCUGAGUUUGACUUACUUUGUCAUGAAGAGGAUGUUGAACUAGAUAGUAACUCAGAUUCAGAUUUGCGCAGGGAAAUAGAUGUGGUGAUGUCAUCCCCCUCAUUAAUCAGUGAAGAGGCUUGUAGUGGAAAGCUCAUGAAUGCAGCAGACGGAAGUAAGGUGCAAGAGAAAGGGCAAAUAACCAGCAUGCUUGAAUCAGAUCAAUGUGUGCAGUCAUCACAGAUCUCCUGUUCAGCAAAUAGUAAGAACUACUGUUACAUCUGUGGGAAACCCCAGUCCAAGUUAGCACGCCAUCUGAAAACUCAUAUGUCUGAAUUUGAAGUAGGACAGGCACUGUCACUCCCAGUCCACUCAAAGGAACGCAAAGCGAUGCUACAAAAACUCAGAAACAAAGGCAAUUAUCAGCACAACACAGAUGUUUUACAGUGUGGAGAAGGGGCUCUUAAAAUGAAAAGGGCACCAAAAAAAGAAAAGGAUGCAAAAGACUUUGUGCAUUGCAUGUACUGUAAGGGGAUGUUUGUACGGAGAGAUUUGUGGCGUCAUUUGCGAAAAUGUCCCUCAAAACCAAGGGAUGCUGGUGAAGAGCAAGGGAGGACUAGGGUUUUGGGUCUUGCAACUAUGGCAGAGUCGACACACAGUCAGCAGAUCUCUAAAGGAGUUUGGAAGCUUUUGGGUGCGAUGAAGCACGAUGACAUUUCUGUUGUUGUUAAAAAUGACUGGAGUAUUCUUCAGCUUGCACAGUCGUUCUUUAACAAACAUGGACAUGACUCUACUAAAUUUGAGUACAUCCGUCAGAAACUCCGCGAAAUUGGAAGAUUGUUGUUGACGUUGCGUAAAGAGUUUUCUAUUUACAGUCUUGAAGAAGCUGUGAAACCUGCUAAUUUCUAUCGACUUAUUCAAGCAGUCCAGAGGGUGUCUGGCUAUGAUGAAGAGAGUCACUGCUACAAAAGCCCAAGUCUUGCACUCAAACUGGGUCAUUCAUUAAACAAGAUCUGUGAAAUCAUUCAUUGCAGAGCACUCAUGUCUGAAGACAAAGAACUGAUUUCCUCAACAGAUACAUUCAAAAAGCUGUAUUCCUCAAAGUGGUCCGAGUUGAUCUCCCACUCUGCACUUGUCACAAUGAAUGAGGCCAGAUUCAACAAGCCAUCGACCCUGCCUUUCACCAAAGACGUACAGUGUCUUCAUCAGUUCCUUGAGAAGAGCGCACAUGCUGCCUUUGAGAAACUAAAAGAGACUGCGUCACCUCAGAGCUAUGCAGCACUAGCCAAAGCAACUCUGGCAAGAAUGAUUGUUUUUAAUCGCCGGCGUGCAGGAGAGGUGUCAAAAAUGCAGCUUAAAAGCUUUCAAGAAAGGGACAGCACUUCUCUUCACGAUGAUGUUGCCUUGGGUCUUAGCAGGUUUGAACAAAAACUCUGCAGCCAUUUCAGUAGAGUUGAGAUCAGGGGUAAAAGAGGAAGGAAGGUGGCCGUUCUUCUUUCACCUGAUAUGGUGGAUGCAUUGACGCUGCUGGUCAGAAGGAGAAGUGAGUGUGAGGUGCAGGACACCAACAGUUUCUUGUUUGCUAGACCUAACUGCCUAAGUCAUUACAGAGGCCAGGACUGUAUUAGGGUCUUUGCCAGUGAAUGUGGAGCUCAACAUCCAGAGUUUCUGCGAUCAACACACCUAAGGAAACAUGUGGCUACUCUCUCUCAAGUCCUCAACCUGAAAAACAAUGAAUUGGAUCAGGUUGCCGAUUUCUUAGGGCAUGAUAUCCGUGUACAUCGCGACUAUUACAGGCUGCCAGAAGCCACAACUCAACUGGCUAAGAUAUCGAAAUUACUGCUAGCUAUGGAAAAGGGCUGUCUUCCUGAUCUUCAGGGAAAGUCCCUUGACGACAUUGAGCUUGAAGAUGAGAUCAGUGUAAAUGAUUCUGAAGACAGUGGUCCCGAUGAAAGUGAUGCUGAAGAUGAUGUCCCUGCUGCUGCCUCCAGUCGUGAUGUUUCUGCUGCUGCCUCCAGUCGUGUUGUUUCUGCUGCUGGCUCCAGUCAUGCUGCAGAUAUGCAGAUGCCCAUUGAAACGGCUGCUGAAGUUUGUCCAGAGAGUGAGACUGAAAUUGGGAACCCACGGAAAGGUCAAAAAGUGUGCUGGUCAACCGCUGAGGUUACGGCUGUGAUGAAACACUUCAAAUCACACAUAACUAAAGGAAAACUGGCCACAUUGACUGAAUGCCAGCAGUGUAAGACUGCUGAGGAUCCCAUUUUGGCAAGGCGCACUGCACAAAACAUUCGAGAUUUCGUACGAAAUCGCGGCAUUAGUUUGAAAAGAAAAACCCAAAUUAAGUGAUCGAUCCUUGUUAGUCGAUCAGUAUGCCAAUUAUUUGAAAGUGUAUUCUUGAUUUCUUUGUUGCUUUUCUUGACAGCUUCUAGAGUUUAUCUUCGUGAUAGUUCACCCAAAAGGGGAAAAUCUGUCAUUUACUCACCCUGUUGUCAUUUACCCUGUAUGGCUUCCUUCCUUCUGGAGAAGGCAAAGGAAGAUAUUUAGAAGAAUAUUUAAACAACGGAGGUACUUGUUGACUUGCAUUGGUUUGUGUUCAUUCAAUAGAGGUAAAGAGAUUCAUUUUCCAUUUUUUCUUCAGUUACUAACAUUCUUCAGAAUAUAUUCCUUUGUGUUCUGCAGAAGAAAGUCUGACAUACAGAGUUAAAAUGGUGACAGAAUUUCCAUUUUUGGGUGAACUGUCCUUUUACAGUUUUUUGAAACUAUGGUGAAUUUAAGUUUAGUGAGGGCAUCUUAUGUUUCAGUGCUUUGUCAUCUUCUCAGCGUGCCUUGUUUUCAAUGGGCAAUUUUGUUUAGAUUACAGUUUACUCUAUAUGGCUUUUGUUGCAACCUUGAGCCGGUUACUGGGCCCUAACACUUUCAAUGUUCAAAUACUUUACAAGUAAAAAUAUGUUAUAUGUGCAUUUUUUACUCAGUAAAUUGGCACAUCAUGCUUAAAGGGAUAGUUCCCCCAAAAAUGAAAAUUCUGUCAUAAUUAUCCUUGGUUACAAACAUUUCUCAAAACAUCUUCAUUUUGUGUUCAUCAGAACAAAAAAAAAUUAAUACAGGUUUGUAACAUAAUGAGAGUUAGA